GGAGGGAUUUGGUAUAAAAGCAGCAGGGAUGCAGACAGGUCCAUCAAACUCAAACCCAAGAUGGGUGUUCAAGGCUUUGUCAGUUUCUUGGAGAAUCACCCGCAGAUCUACCGGGACGUCCGGUUCAUGAAGAGCCGGCUGCUGAUCGAUGGGGCCAACCUGAUCCACCUCCUGUACUUCGACUCAAAUCUGGACCAGAAUCACGGCGGAGAGUAUGCUGCCUUUGAAGAGCUCAUUGAGAAGUUCAUUGCAGCCCUCAGAGCUUGCGAGAUCACACCGUAUGUGCUGUUGGAUGGAGGCUCAGACCACACUGACAAAAAGCUUGAAACCACGACGAAAAGGGCCGAAGAUCGAAUCCAGAAAGCCCAUCGAGCAGCAGAGAGCGGUGAGAAGGCGCACAUCCUGCCACAGCUGGCCAAUCUGGUGUUCAAACAGACUCUGGACCGGCUGAACGUCCCGAUGGCCACGUGCUAUGCAGAGGCUGACCAAGAGAUUGCCUCAUUGGCCAGAGAGUGGCAGUGCCCGGUGCUUUCCAACGACAGCGACUUCUACAUCUUUGACCUCCCGGGGGGGCUGCUGCCCAUCUCUAAAUUCCAGUGGGAGGGGUUGAUGAAGAGAGGCUCACAGAGCUACAUCCCCUGUAAAGGCUACAACAUCUCCAGCUUUUGCACUUUGUUCGACAUCCAGCGCCAGCUCCUUCCCACCUUUGCUGCCCUCGCCGGGAACGACUACGUGAAGCUGCAGAGGAUGGAUUCGUCCAUCAGCUGGGGUCAAUACGCACCGGCUGGCAGCAGGACAUCGUUCCGCUUGGAGGGACUGACCUGCUGGCUGAGGAACUUCAAGCAGCCUCAGGAGGCUUUGGAGGGGGCAUUGGAGCUGAUGGGAGGACUGACCAUAAAGAAAAAAUUGAAGGUGCAGCAAAGUUUGGCUCAGGGGAUGGAAGAGUACGAGCUGCCUCCCAGCACCCUGAAGAGGUUUUUCAUUCAUGGGACGGCACCUCCAUUCCUAGCACCGGAAGAAGUUGCUUGUCUCGUCCCUGACUGGACCCGCCUGCGUCUGACCCGAGGCUUGCUGAACACUGACAUCCUGGAUGUGUUACUGCUGCAGAGAAGGUCCCUCAACUUUCCUGUGGAGCACGGCAACAUGCCCAGCGCUUUCCUGACCUCCAGGCCGAUCCGCCAGGUGAUUUACGGGCUGCUGCUGGGCAAAGGGACGACGCUUCAUGUGGAGGAAAGAGACAGGGAAGGCCUGCAUCUGAAAUACAACUCAGUCCAACCGACAUUCAAAGGGCUCACGAAGCAGCUGAAACUCGAGUCGCUGGAUAAGGUGGAUCCCUCUCAGCGCUUGCAGGUGUUACUGGAGUCUUUAAGGGUGACUCAGGCUUCUCUGAGCCGCCUGCCAACUCACCUGCACCUCCCAGUGGCCGCCACCUGCUACUGGUUUCAGAGAGCUACACCCACUCCAGACAUGGGGCUGCUGAAGGCGCUGGUGCUGAACAUCGGAGGCGCACUGAAACAAAGAACAGCUGUGCAGAAUCAACACACUGACUUCGAGCUGAAUGUCGAUGUGGUUCAUGCCUUCAACCAAUGGCAGGCCUGCCUGAAAGACAGCAUCCACCUGAACCAGCUGCUGGACUUGCCUUUACCUGAACCAUGCGUGGCACAGUUGUAUGAGGGGACGAUGGUCCACCAGCUGGUCCGAACCAUGAGCUCAAGAAAAAAACUGAGGAACUUCCUGAAGAGUGAUCGCGACAGUGUAAAGCUGUACCAAAACAUCCUGUCCGUCAUCCAUGAAAUUAAUGCUCAAUCGAUGGCGUCGGCAACCUCUCAGAAAGCCCAGUCGUCUCCACGGCAACGGCAGCCUCUAGGCAACCUGCCCACCAACCUGCAGCAGCUGUUCAUCGUGUGUGACGACGAGCAAGACGAGUGUGAAAGAUUCAGCGCGGACAAAGCAGAGGAGGAUCUUCAGUUCGACGAUGAGCUGUCGGUGAGGACUCGCUACAAAGCUAAAGAGCGAAAUAACAGGUGCAACAAACCAGAACUGAGCCGCAAACAGGAGCUCCGAGGCUUGAACUUCCUCUGAUGGAAACCAGUCCAACGAGUCCUCCUGAAGUCCAGCUCCAUUUCAUAUACACCUGACUUUACUCGCAGUUUGGAAACAUAUAGGGAAAUAUUACCACUCUCAUAGGACGUCUGAAGUAUGAUAUUCAGAUACUUGUGCACUUUUUUACUCUGCAGAUUAUGAUUCAAAGUAUAAAAACUGGAAAUGAUAAGCUUAUAAAAUAUGAUGCAUUAACUAAGAUUUAUAAAUAAUUAAUUACAGUUUAUAAAGUAAAAUGGGCUUCACCCCAAAAAAAAAAAGUAGCAAUAAAAUCCUGCAGGGGCUUUUUGUAUUUGUUUAUGACACUUUUGUAUUUCCAAUUAACUGAACUGUAUCUCUUGUACUUGUUAACCUUCCUGUCGUCCUCUCGGGUCAAAUUGACCCCGUCUGUUUUGACUGUUCCUUCUUUCCUC